GUAGAGAUGUGUUCAGUGGUGCAUGGAUCACAAAACCUUCCUAACUGACAGAAGAGACUCUCGGGGGACCAAUGUCAGACUGGUAACUGCAAAAAUACAAAAAGAAAUACAAAAAAUAUAAGAGGCAAACUGUGGGCCUGAACAGUAUAGUUUCAUCAUUAACAUAUUUUUAUUUUACAUAAUUGUUUUUAUUUAGUAUUGUUUAUAAAGAAUGACGUCAUAUGGCGUUUGAAAAUGAUAGCUAUAUUAUACUGAAUUAUUGUUAUUUUGUAGUGAUUCUAAUUCUAAUAUAUAUUAUAUCAUUUUACUGUAUAUGUUUUAAAGUUCCUGCACUAUGCUAAAUAUGUAUUUAAGUGCUUUAUGAGAGGGAAAACAGACAAAAAUAUACAGUCUAACACCUGUGUAACGCAGGUAAUAGAAUAAAAUAGAAUACAAUAGAACCGAAAAUUGAUGAAUGAACGAGAAGUAUCGCAUUGUUGUAAAGCAGCACAUUAACUAUUCAAUUAAGGAUUUUUUCAUUAUGAUUUAUGUAUCAUUAAUUAUAUAUUAUUUAAUUUUUUUUAGUGACAUGCAUAGACUGACUUUUGAGAGACUUUGUGGAAUAGCAUGCCUUGACACGAAAACAUCCGCCUGGUAAUUUAAGUUGUUAAUUAUAUGUUUUUUUUUAUGAUGUCUUUGUUCUGUUACAAUAUUUCAAUUUUUAUUACAAUGUGAAGCUUUGAAAACUGCUUGAUCUCUGUUGUGUGCCUGUGACAGUAAGUUAAAUCAAAAAAAGUACUUUUUGGUCAGUUGUGUUUGUAUAGUUGGUCAAAAUGAAAAAAAAUUUGUUUUUUUCAUCAGAUUGCCUAGGUUGUGCUGAUUAAAGGGAUAUAAGAUACUCUAUAUUGCACAUUAUUCUUAUAGUUUUAGUAUAGUAUUGGGGAAAAAACCUCUGUGUUCUAAGGGUUAAUGUACACUACACUUUGAUGUAUCGUGUAAUGGAUGCUCAGGAAUAUUUUUAUUUCACUAUUGUCUUUGAGGUGAAAGAGUUACGGAUAAAACUGCUUUCAUAGAUUUGUAAAUACAGUUUGAAGCGUUUGUGUUAACAGUGACAGACAAUGGUGGACAGUUUCCAGAACUGUGUCUGUAAACUGUACUACUCCACUGCUGCUGCUAUUAUGACAUCUACCGGCAGGUGGCGGUGUUAGUCUGAAGAAAAACUCCUUUGACCCGGAAAAAGUCGCCGCGGACCUUUAACUGGGCAGGAAGUGUGUGUUUGUGUGUUUUAAUGAAGUGACAGUUGCUGCUGCUACCAUGGCGCUCGAUGUGAAGUCCAGAGCCAAACGAUAUGAGAAACUGGAUUUCCUCGGAGAGGGUCAGUUUGCCACAGUCUAUAAAGCCAGGGACAAGACGAACGACACUAUAGUCGCUAUUAAAAAGAUUAAAGUUGGCCACAGAACUGAGGCUAAAGAUGGUAUAAAUAGGACAGCUCUGAGAGAGAUCAAGCUGCUGCAGGAGCUUCAUCAUUCAAAUAUCAUUGGGCUCCUGGACGCCUUUGGACACAAAUCUAACAUCAGUCUCGUGUUUGACUUCAUGGAAACAGACCUAGAGGUAAUCAUCAAAGACACCAGCCUGGUUCUCACUCCAGCCAACAUCAAGGCCUACAUCCUCAUGACUUUACAGGGAUUAGAGUAUAUGCACCUGCACUGGGUCCUUCACAGGGAUCUGAAGCCCAAUAAUCUGCUGUUGGAUGGCAAUGGGGUGUUGAAGUUGGCUGAUUUUGGUUUAGCCAAAUCCUUUGGCAGCCCCAACAGAGUCUACACCCACCAAGUCGUUACCAGGUGGUACCGCUCUCCUGAGCUCCUGUUUGGUGCGAGGAUGUACGGAGUGGGAGUCGACAUGUGGGCAGUGGGAUGCAUCCUGGCUGAGUUACUCCUUCGGAUACCAUUCCUUGCUGGAGACUCAGAUCUUGACCAACUGACUAAGAUCUUUGAGGCCCUUGGGACGGCAACAGAAGAGACUUGGCCUGGAAUGAAUAGUCUGCCAGAUUAUGUGUCUUUCAAAAUCUUUCCCGGCACACCUUUGGAACAUAUAUUCAGUGCAGCGGGGGACGACUUACUAGAGCUCCUACAGGGCCUCUUCACCUUUAACCCGUCAACGAGAACUACAGCUACACAGGCUCUGAAAAUGACGUACUUCAGUAAUCGGCCUGGUCCCACUCCUGGGCCUCUGCUCCCUCGACCCAACUGCUCAGCUGAGGCUCUGAGGGAGAAGGAAACUAUUGGGCUUAAGAGGAAAAUAGAAGGACUGGAGACAACCGUGAUGAAGAAGAAGCUCAUUUUCUGACCAGGGUGGUGUCUGAUAAAUCUUCCACACAAUCUGUGGCUCCUCUCGCCACACCACUCAGGAUUGUCCACUGGAAAAGAAAUGUCCAAAACCGGCACAAGGAAAGAAAGACAAAAAAAACGGCACAGAUGUGGUGGACUUCAGGACAUUUUAAAGGUUACUACAGCUGUUAUGUGAGUGGGAUACAGCGCUCUAAGUUUAGCUCCACUUAUCCGAGGUGCUGCUGUGUGCAGCAGUACAACAGAGACUGUGACUGGUUCAGGUCGUUCUUCGCUGAUGCCCAAACUGUGGGAACCUCCAUGUCUUAUUUAUGUGACUGAGAACAACCAAACUAGCGUUACUUAAUAGAGUUAUUUCAUGUAGAUGUAUUUUUAUUUUUUUGUACGCAAGGCCAAUAAAUUGUGCAUAAGCAUAUUUGUUUAUUACUUUUGUUUUGCCAUAAUUAUGUUAAAUAGAAAAUGUGACUUUAUGUUAAUGAAUUUGUUAGAAGUAUGUACAAUAUAGUUAAGAUUAUGAUUUAAUGAAGAGGUGUGUGUGUGUGUGGACAGAAAUAUACUCUUGGUUUAUUUACUCAGCGUGGGAGUGAGAGUCGAUGAGUCUUCUGUCUGUCUGAUGAGACAUAACUCUGCCUCCAGGGAGAUUCCGAGCCUGACAUUAAGUCACGCAACAGUGUGCCAUUAAACAUCUUCCCUCCCUUGUC